AUGACUGAGAAACCAGUAAUAUGGCGCUCAUUACCUAAAAAGGGCCAACUUGCCAUCCUGACCUUUGCACGUCUAUCCGAGCCGUUGGCCCAGACGUCUUUGCAAGCAUAUCUGUUCUACCAGCUUCGGUCUUUUGAUCCCUCCCUUCCCGACUCUACUAUCUCGGCGCAAGCAGGCAUCUUGCAGGGUAGUUUUACUGCUGCGCAGUUUGUGACAGCUAUUUGGUGGGGUCGAUUGGCGGAUACUGAGUGGAUGGGUAGGAAAAAGGUUCUCAUAAUUGGCCUGUUGGGAACAUGUAUCUCGUCCCUCGGGUUCGGCUUUUCAAGAACUUUUGCUUCCGCAGUGGCGUUCCGAACCCUAGGUGGUUUUCUGAAUAGCAAUGUCGGAGUGAUGAGGACUAUGAUUGCCGAGAUCAUUCAUGAGAAGAAAUUUCAGUCUCGGGCGUUUCUUCUGCUGCCGAUGUGUUUCAAUAUCGGGGUUAUCAUUGGGCCUAUAUUAGGAGGCAUACUGGCUGAUCCUGUGAAAAACUUUCCGCAGCUGUUUGGACCUGGGUCGUUGUUAGGGGGCAAAGAUGGUGUAGGGUGGAUGUUGCAUUGGCCCUAUGCACUGCCAAAUCUUCUCAGUGCCGUAUUCAUCUUCAUCUCUUUGUUGGCCGUAAUCCUUGGGUUAGAGGAGGUAAGGGUCACCAGAAGCGAUUGGGGCCGGAAGUUAGGCAAAAGACUUGCCAAUACUUUCUCCCGACGUCGGGUCCCGCAGUAUUACCGUCGCCUUAUCAGCCAUGAGGACGAUGAAUCUCUAUACAUUGAUGGGAGUGUAGCCAGCAGAUCAGCACCCCCAAGUCCAGCUCGCUCACGCGUUCGACCUCGUGGUGAUCGUCCCAGCUUUCGUCAGAUCUGGACGCCCAAUGUGUUGCUUACCUUGCUGGUGCAUUUCUUAUUAGCAUUCCACACCAGCGCCUGUAAUUCUAUGGCUUUCGUGUUCUUGCCUGCCCCGCGGGCCCCGAAAGGUAGCCGAGAUGGUUUCUUCCAUUUCGGUGGUGGUCUGGGAUUGCCAUCCUCUCGAGUCGGUCUUGCCACUGCUAUUAUCGGGCUCAUCGGCCUUCCGCUGCAGAUCUUCAUCUAUCCUCGAGUCCAAGCUCGUCUGGGGACCUUAACUUCUUUCCGCACGUUUCUGCCAUUCUCACCUUUAGCCUACGCGCUCAUGCCGUUUAUUGUCCUGAUACCGCGAUACCCGUGGCUGGUUUGGCCUGCAUUUACUGUUGUUGUAGGGUUGCAGGUGGUCUCACGAACGUUUGCGCAGCCGGCGGCGAUCAUCCUUGUGAAUAACAGCGUCACGGACCCUCGCGUUCUGGGAACCGUCCAUGGCGUGGCGCAGAGCAUCGCGAGCGGCGCGCGUACUCUUGGCCCUAUGAUCGGGGGAUGGGGCUUAGGACUGGGACUCAAGUACAACAUGGUGGGCGGCAUAUGGUGGGCCCUGGCGGUGGAGGCCAUAGUAGGCUGGUUCUUACUUUGGUCGAUCUAUGAGGAUAAAGGGAUUGAACAGAGGAAGGAUCAAACCGAAGAAGAGGACACCUAA